CGUUGAGUGCUAUGUUGCUGCUCCGUAGCAUAUCGUAUGUUGCUGCUCAUUGACUGCAGAGGAACCACUAAUAGCUAUGUUAAUGCCAUGUUAAGCUUCUACUUCUUUCUGAUACCUUUGCAAUUACAAAACUAAACACAACUCCGUAUGUAUUUGGUCCUGAUGCAUUGAAUAAACCUUUCCUUUCUCCGCCCCUUUUUUGAUAGGGACUCACGUGUCCCAAGUUAAUAUGGCUGCCUCCACAGGUAUUGUCGUGGGUUAUAUUUAACUGGAAAAGGCCCUUGAGGAGAAGUAUUAUAUAAUGGUGUAUGUUAUCUUUUUGAAUGAUUACUCGCAUAGCGAUUAGUCACCACCACUACUACUAUUUCUCCAAAGGGAAUUGCAAAAAUGGUUGGCCUAAUAGGAAAUAUGCUGUGGGCCUUAACUAGAAGGACACCAACAGGUGCUCGUUCAUUGGCCACAGCUGUGAGGGUCCCAUGUCCUUCAGAGAAAGAACCUGAUACUAAUGAAAAUGAAGUUGUCAGUCCAAAUUUUUUCAAUCGCAAUCCCCAUAAUUUGGAGCGCAUGGCACUAGCAGUUAAAGACCGUGGUUGGACGACUCAGUGGCCCUCUAGGCUGUAUUGGCAUAGGCUGCGAUAUCAGAAAUCACAACAUCAUAUAACUGCAUUUGUGGAGCACUAUAAUGGUACAGUUGUAGUGCAAGCAUCUACUAAAGAGUGGGCCAUUAAGAAACACUUGUAUAACACACGGGAUGUCAUGGCAUCAGAAAAUGUGGGUCGAGUUCUAGCUCAGCGCUGUCUAGAAGCUGGCAUCAGCUAUGUGACCUUCAGGGUUGUUACUUGGCAGUUUCGCUCGGAAUCGAUUCAGAGGUUUCAUAAAGCAAUGAAAGAUGGUGGAGUUGUUCUCAGUGAACCCAAACAAAUCCUCAGAUAGGACAUGAUGAAAAUACAGACUGUUGGUCUUAUUUCUUUGGCUGCAGAAGAUGAACCAUCCUUCAGAGUGGACCAUCAUGCCACAAAGAGACCUUCAUUUUCUAACAAAAUUUUCCUACUAUUAAUCCCCUUUGGUUUGCAUUACAAACGUGAAGAAAACUACCCCUUAUCAGCUGACAGAGGCACAUCAGUCAACAAAAUGCAAAUAUUGAAUGGUUUUGAGUUGCAUAUUACCUACUGCAAGCAAAAGUGCUGAUGUCAAACUCUGUUGCUAUGAGGCAAGUCAGUGUUUUAAGAAUUUGUACAGUGUAGUAAAAGUGCAUGGAUUAAGGCUGCAUUCAUCCUAACAUAGAUGGCAUUUAGUUGGUGCUUGUGUUUUCAUAUCUGUUAAAAGUCUAUUACGUGAGUGAGAAGAAACGAUUGGUUGAAGACUAGACAUAGAAAAAAACUGCCAUCUGCAUUUCUUGUGCUUCCUACUGUCAUGCUGCUCAGAUUUAUGGUAAUUGUAAUAACGAGCUGUUAAGUAAAAAUCCCAAAAUUGUUCUAAAAGAUAGCCAAAUGGUGGAUUAGACAGGGAUGACUUCACUUCAUUUCUCGACCAGUGUAAGUCAUUUAAAUAAAUAUGCUUAAGAUUACUAUACACUCUGCUAGGAUUAAUGCCUUAUUUUGGAAUCUCUGUAUGUAUUUGUUUUAGUUUGUCUAUGUAGACUUGUUUAAGCAUUCACAGCCAGUUUGCAAAAUGCUUCAUAAUGUAUUUUCUCCUUUUUAAAUUUUGUUACAUCAAUUGACUUUGUCGUUUUGUUAUUUCUUACAUGUUUCCUUGGACUUUUCCAAGUUGUUUUGAAACUGUGGUCCUAAACUGUUGAAUAAAUAAAAAUGUUGAAAUCUA